AUGGACAAGGCGUUACUGACCCGUGCUACAAGCAAAGAUGAUACGCCAACGCCUGGCUAUUUGUAUGGGGAGAUUGCCCGUAUGACGCAGCAUAGCUACGAAACAUGCAUGAAAGUACAAGAUUUUUUGAUUGCCCGUGUUAAAAAGAACAAACACCAUACAGUCAAAUACAAGGCAUUGCAGGUCAUUAAACACGUGUGUCGUGAAGGUCGCGUUGACUUUAAACGCGAGAUGCAAAAGCAUAUUCCUACAAUUAAGGAAUGUUUGCAAUUCCGUGGUGUACCUGAUCCAUUGAAGGGUGACGAGUAUUAUCGACGUGUGCGUGAAUCAGCUAAGGAUUGUCUUGAUGCUAUUUACGAUACGGAUAAUACACCUGGACUCAGUGGUAUGGGCAUGUCGGCUCGUAUCCAGGGAGUGGGGGCUAAUCCUAAUGAUAAUAGCGGCAGUGGCUCUGGCUGGAGUUCCAAGAUCUGGGGCGGCAAGAGCUCCAAUGACAGCUCGUUACCGCCUCCGCCAAUGGCAGGAGCGCCCAUAAGCGGAUAUAAUGGAGCCGCACCACCACCGGGAGCUCCGUACGGAUACCCGACCGACCCGAAUCAGGGCAGCUAUGGAGGUCCACAGCCCUACGGCCAGCAGCAGCAGCAGCAGCAGCCGUAUCAGCCUGAUUAUUCACAGCAAGGAUCAUACGGAGGCCAUGCCAACCCGCCCUUUGGAGGUGCACCGCCACUGAACCCAUAUGGAGGUGCUGCACCACCGUUUCAUGACCAGAAGCUCUCCGGUAUUGGUAAUCCAAUGUACCAGGAUCCACGAGCUGAUGAAAAGGGUUUUUUCAAGGGGUUGAAGGAGAAGGUAGCAUCAAAGUACUCCAAGUCGGACAAACCGACGUUUGGUGGAGGCCCACCUGGCUCUACAAAUCCUCCUGAUGGCUGGAGCUUUGCCACGAAUCGAGGACCAACUAGCGGGAACUACGGUGGAGCGCUUGCACCAUACAACCCAGAGGAGUCGUACCGUCCCACUGGCUUUGCUGGAGGAGGUUACCGUCCUGGCUCGCAUCAAAACGAUUCACGCGAAUCUGCUAGCUCGCAGCUUCGUGAAAAAUCUUACGAUGGUGACCGAAAAAAGGGUCGUGUUGGAGGCGCAUGGACGGAUGCUGACGCCCCGUCGUCUUCUGCCAGCGGGUCUACUGGACUGACGCAACACAGUGGCCACGACAGUCGAACGCAGAGCUUUGGCGGCAACACGCGCGGUACCAACCCGUACGCACGGAACUCAGAUUACGAUUAUGAAGACAACAAACGCCGCGAGCCUUCUCAGGGACAAAGGCCUUUUCCGCAGGCUCCAGUUCUCACAGGCCAGACUUCUGGUGCGCAAUCGGAUGGCUCUUAUGAGCGAAAUCUGGUCACAGCGCUGUGCGCCCCUGGAGGCAUGCGUGCUAUUCCUCCUAAGGACAAGAUGGAUGCGUUUAUAAAAAACGCAAUGACACUGGACGCCGAAAUUCUUGGCCCGAUUUUGGAGGACUGCUUGUCAGACGAUCAAUGGACGGUUGUGUCGAAGGCGCUCACAACGAUUGACGCUUUGCUGAGGACCGAUGGUUGCGAGGAGUUUGAAGAAUACUUUGCCGAAAACUCGAGUGAGAUCGAGUCCUGUGCGAAUUCGGAUAAGGUUGCCAUACGAGACCGUGCAGUCAAGGUCCUGCACAAUCUUGGUCUUUCUGCUGGACCAGGGGCUGGGACGUCAAGCCAGGAUUCAUCCAAGCCAAAGAACAAGCCAUCUUCUAGUCACAGGAAGCAGCCAGCUGCUGCAGAGGCUGAUCUGUUAGGAGGUUUCGAUGACGCUCCUACUGCGAGUGACAACGGAUCGCUCUUUUCUGGACUGCAAACGAACGCUCCUCCUCAGCAGUCAGCGCAGGAGUCGGCGCAGCCCGUUGCAACGGCGAAUGAUGUAACGGAUAUGUUUGGCGGGUUGCAGCUUCAGAGUAGUACUUCAAGUACGACAUCUGCACCGGAAUCAUCUCAACCAACUGCUUCUGCUCAGGUCUCUGCCCCUGUUCCUGCAGUCCCCGCUCCUACUCCGCCGGCAAAGCAAAAUAUGGUGCUAGACCCGCUCCUUGAGCCUAUGCCUGCGGCGCCUGCGAUGAAUCCGGGUUUCGGCGGCCCGAUGAACAUGAACAUGAACAUGAUGAACUUCAACAUGCCGCAGCAAAUGACGCAGAUGCAGCAGAUGCAACAAAUGCAGUACAUGCAACAGAUGCAGCAGAUGCAACAGAUGCAGUACAUGCAACAGAUGCAACAAAUGCAAGGUAUGGGUGGUAACCCUGGCUCACAAGUGAUUGGGGCAGCGAUGACCCCAUCGGGCUACAUUGCCAAGACAAUCCAGGAACCGACUGAUGGUCUCGCGUCCGACUCGAGAUUUGGCUUUAUGAAGAAGAAGGAUGAUUCGUUCAACUUUGUCGAGGAUGCCAUGAAGAACAGCUAA